AUGUUCUCAAGCGGUGCAGCGGGCACACCGCAGUGCACCACGCGCCGCUCAGCCCGCGCUUCCCGCGUUGCGUCCACUCUCACCUCAACCCAGGCGACCCCUCAGCCAUCCCCGCCGCAGACAGCUCGCACGCUUGGGGCCAACUUGCAGGCGGUGCAGAGGGGUCUCACGGUAUCGCCGGCGCCGAGCAGGAGGACAGCGAGGAGCGUGGCAGCCGCGUCGGAUGUCGGGUCUGCGAUGGAUGUUGAAGAGGGCGCGACAGCAGCGGGGAGGAAGGACCAGGACAAGGUGCUCGUACGAGACGACAGUUACACGAUCACGGAGCGCAAGGCGCUACCAGUGGAGGUCCAGCAGGCUGUUGCGGGUUCCGACGCCUAUACUCAGCCAGUAAAGGCUGUGCUCGAUCCCAUCACCGGCUUCGCCUUGCUUGUCAGCAGCGAGCACUGCUUCGUCUGGAACUGGUCGAAUCGCGUGGGCUCUACAACGACCUACGUCUUCCCCGUCCCGCCACAAGCGCCCUUCCCGCCCAAUGUCGCCGCCUACUCUCCCCUCUCCUUCGCUUCUCUUGUUCCCUCGCCUUCGCAGACUGUCCAGCAAGCCGGCCAGCGCGAGCCUGGACUCGUGGUCGUCUCCAACGUCGGCACUGUGCGUUUCUGGGAAUCCGUCAGCCUCUCCUUGUCUGGCGUCGACCGCUUCAAGUCGGCCUCAUGCCCCUUGAACGAAGGCGAGCUGGUCAAGGAUCUCAAGCUCGUUUCUCCGACGACCUACCUCCUUUCUACGACCCAAUCUCGCCUCUUCGCCAUCAACAUCAUCUCUCACGCCGGCCGCGCCGACCUUUCCGUCCGUCCCCUCGAGCGCUCGCUCGGCUGGGCAGGAUCCGUCUGGUCCGCCGUCUUCGGCUCGAAGACGGUUGACCCGCGCGCCGGUAUCCUCGCACUUGCACUGUCGCAGCCUCAGCCGAACGAGGCGGAGCGGACGGUCUAUGCGGUGAUGGAGAAAAAUGUGCAGGUGUGGAAGGUCCCGGUGCGGAGCGAGGGAGGCGAGCGCCUCCUCGUCGAGCAGGACAUCUUUGCGGGAGUACUUGAGGCGUUGGCGGGCGAGAAGAUUGGCAACGAGCAAUGGGCGCUGAACGAGGGCAAGGUCGAGAUUGUCGAUGCAGCGGUGACUGCGAGCGGACACCUUGCUGUCCUCAUCUCGCACGUCCACGACGGAACUGCCUCCGACUCGCUGUCUUUCGCCAUCGUCAUGCUCGAAAUCGGCACGUCCGCCAACAGCGUCGCAGUUGCUGGCUUGACGCACCUGACCUACCAGAGCCGACCGGAUCCUCGUCCCCUUUCGACACCUCGCCUAAGUCUCGGUGCGGGCGAGAUCGCCUUGGUCGUCUUCGCCGACGCCGUCGUCAUCGCUUCCAUCGCGCACGACUCGACCUUCGAAGAAGCCUUCCCGCUCCGCAAGAACACGGACCGCUUUCUCGGCCUCUCGAUGCCUUCUUACCUCCCUUCUCCCGCCACCGCCAUCGAGACUCUCUCGCUCCUCACCUCCUCGCCCUCCAUCUUCUCCGUCAGCGUCUCUCCUCCGCAAGGCCACAGGCUCAUUGCGCCCGGCACCGAAGGCUACAAGACCCGCCGGCUGCUGACUCGCAUCGAGCAGGCCGUCUUCUUCGGCACAAACGAGGCGCAGAACCCGCUCGCGUUUGAUUUGCAGCCUGACUUUGAGGGUGACUUGGCGGUCGCGGCGGUUGCUGUCAGCUCCGGGAUCCUCGCUUCCAGUUCCGCCAACAUGCCGCUCAUUCUCGACCUGCGAGCCCAACUGGCCGACCGCGUCCACCGAGCAAAGGCCUUGAUCGAGUACAUCAAUGUUAACGGACUUCUCGGCAAGCUCCCGCAACAUGCUCGCCGACAGCUGAGCUGGGACGCAGAACGUCUCGCCGCCGCUGUUGCUCUGUGGCACAACCAGAACGCUCGUCUCGGGUCCGGCUCGAGCCUCCUGUCCGACGCCAUCCUGCAGUAUAUGGACGAGAUCGGCGAGGGCUUUGGCGAGGACCCCUUGCGGCUGUUCUUCCGAACCAAGGUCUCGGGUCUGGGCAACGUGCUCGAGGAGGUGACGAGGCGUGCGAAAGCGGUCGCCGAGUCGACGCAGGCUUCCGCUGAGGAGAAGUCGAUGCACUUGCGCGAGGCGAAUGAGGCGGUCCUGCUCGCUUUGAACGCCGUCGCUCAUCACCGCAAGGAAACGUCGUCCCACUACGGCCUCGACUCCUCCUCGAUCCCCUCAGAACCCUGGUCAUCCCGUCCGCUCCUCCUCGACAGCCUGCAGUGGCACUUCGAAGCGACGGACGGUCUUCUACGCGAGCGGGUGCGCGAGCUUGGCGCAAGAGUUGACGAGGAGCAGGCGCGAUUCGGUCGCGGCGCGGACAUGUCGGAGAAGCAGGCCAUACAGGCUGAGCUGAAGACGCAGAUGGCGGGUGUGGCGGAGCAUGUGUUCUCGGCGUUCGAAGAGCGGUUGCUGUACCUCGAGACCGUGAAUGGCGACGCACCAGCACCUGAGCUGCGGCAACUACGGGAACGGUAUCUUGAGGUCCGGCCACGCUUCAUUCGCAUGCUCGUCGCGAUCGGCAAGGUCGCUGCAGCGUACGAGCUUGGCGAGCGACACAGCGACUUCGGCUCGCUCGUCCACCUCUCGAACGACCCGACUCACGGCUCGCCCUCUCGCAUCCGCUCGUACCUCGACCAGUACCGCCAGGACUUCGCCUUCCCGCUCUACCGCUUCUACCUGGAUCAAGGCAAGUUGCGCACGCUGCUCGAGCCGGAAGAGGCGCACCGCCCCUUGCUUACCGCUUUCCUCGAUUCGACCGACAAUAACAAGCUCGCUUGGAUCAACGACGUCGCUAUCGACCGCUUCGACCACGCCAGUCUCGCGCUCUCGACCGAGGCGGUCGAAGAGCCGUCAGUUGCGACGAAGAAACUCAUGGUGUCACUCAGCAAGCUCGCGCAAGUCGCGCAGCUCGACCAGCAGGCGCUCGAGGGCGAGGACGUGCAACGAGCGCUAGAGGCCGUCGACGACAACCUCGACCUCGUCAACACCCAGCAGAACCUCUCGACGUUCUUCAGCUCGCUGCUGUCCGGCACCGAGAUGCGCAUGCCGUCGACGGAACAAGGCGAAGUUGUCGCUGCCCGCAUCGCUCCCGCCCUCACCGACCGACCAGCACUCAGUCAGCAGCUAGCGAAUCUCUGCACGCGGGUCUUUGCCGACGAGUCGAUCUCUCCCGAAGACCUGAUCGACAUCCUCUCGCUUAAGGAGAACAACAACGAGCAUGCGAGCGACUUUGCCGCCAGUCUCGACGUGCUGUUGCGAGCGAAGGACUUGCCGGAUGCUCGUCGGAGGGUUGCGCUCGAGAACGUCUGGCGCCGGGUGUAUAUCCAGGACGACUGGGCGGCACUGCGAUCUUCAGCGGGCCUGAAGGACGAGGAGAUGGCCGCGGCUCUGCGCAACACGGCUUUCUACGCUACGCUUGCGGCAGCUCGCAAGUCUCGUCCACCGCAAGACAUGCUCCUCGAACCGUCCCGCAGCUUCUCUUCCGCGACACCCGACGAGCUCGGCGCUCGCUUCCCCGAUCUGCCGUCGUCAACCAUUGACGCCAUCCUCGGCGACUAUGAGCAGGAAGGCCGGUUGCUGAACGAGGCGAUGCAAGCCGGGCUCGAGGCCUGUUGCAAGGAGUGUGUGCGGAUGCUGGAUGAGGAGCAGGAGGGCGCUUCCACUGAAGAGGAGCUCGGUGGGUCGGCAGUGAUGGUCGAGUAG